AUGAAGGCUUUAUGUGGCUGGCGCUCACUGUCUGCAGAAUACCCACCACCCCACCUCCACACAGCCCCCCGCCACCCCACCUCCACACAGCCCCCUGCCACCCCACCUCCACACAGCCCCCUGCCACCCCACCUCCAGACAGCCCCCUGCCACCCCACCUCCACACAGCCCCCUGCCACCCCACCUCCACACAGCCCCCUGCCACCCCACCUCCACACAGCCGCCUGCCACCCCACCUCCACACAGCCCCCUGCCACCCCACCUCCACACAGCCCCCUGCCACCCCACCUCCACACAGCUCCCUGCCACCCCACCUCCACACAGCCCCCUGCCACCCCACCUCCACACAGCGCCCCCAACCCACCUCCACACAGCCCCCUGCCACCCCACCUCCACACAGCCCCCUGCAACCCCACCUCCACACAGCCCCUGCCACCCCACCUCCAAACAGCCCCUGCCACCCCAACUCGACCUCCAAUUAGCCCCCCCCCACAGCCCCCUGCCCCCCCCCCCCACCUCCAGACAGACCCGACCUCACCUCCAGACAGCCCAUCCACCCUACCUCCACACAGCCCCCAACCCCACCGCACCUCCAGACAGCCCCUCUCCACGGCACCUCCAGACAGCUGCUCUCCACUCCACCUCCAGACAGCCUCCCCCAACCCCAACCCCACCCCACCACACAGCCCCCCGACCCGACCUCACCUCCAGACAGCCCAUCCACCCUACCUCCACACAGCCCCUCCACCCCGCCGCACCUCCAGACAGCCCCCUCUCCAACGCACCUCCAGACAGCUGCUCUCCACUCCACCUCCAGACAGCCCCUCUCCAACGCACCUCCAGACAGCCCCCUGCCACCCCACCUCCACACAGCGCCCCCAACCCACCUCCACACAGCUCCCUGCCACCCCACCUCCACACAGCCCCCUGCCACCCCACCUCCACACAGCGCCCCAACCCACCUCCACACAGCUCCCCCAACCCACCUCCACACAGCCCCUCGCCACCCCACCUCCACACAGCCCCCUGCCACCCCACCUCCACACAGCGCCCGACCUCACCUCCAGACAGCCCAUCCACCCUACCUCCACACAGCCCCCCCACCCCACCGCACCUCCAGACAGCCCCUCUCCACGGCACCUCCAGACAGCUGCUCUCCACUCCACCUCCAGACAGCCCCCCAACCCCAACCCCACCCCACCACACAGCCCCCCGACCCGACCUCACCUCCAGACAGCCCAUCCACCCUACCUCCACACAGCUCCCUGCCACUCCCACCUCCAGACAGCCCCUCUCCACCGCACCUCCACACAGCCCCCAACCCACCUCCACACAGCCCCCUGCCACCCCACCUCCAAACAGCCCCCUGCCACCCCAACUCGACCUCAAAUUAGCCCCCCACCUCCAAACAGCCCCCUGCCACUCCAACUCGACCUCCACCAGCCCCCCCCACCUCCAGACAGACCCGACCUCACCUCCAGACAGCCCAUCCACCCUACCUCCACACAGCCCCCCACCCCACCGCACCUCCAGACAGCCCCUCUCCACGGCACCUCCAGACAGCUGCUCUCCACUCCACCUCCAGACAGCCCCCCAACCCCAACCCCACCCCACCACACAGCCCCCAACCCGACCUCACCUCCAGACAGCCCAUCCACCCUACCUCCACACAGCCCCUCCACCCCGCCGCACCUCCAGGCAGCCCUCUCCACGGCACCUCCAGACAGCUGCUCUCCAAUCCACCUCCAGACAGCCCCCCAACCCCAACCCCACCCCACCACACAGCCCCCUGACCCGACCUCACCUCCAGACAGCCCCUCUCCAACGCACCUCCAGACAGCUGCUCUCCACUCCACCUCCAGACAGCCCCUCUCCACCGCACCUCCACACAGCCCCCCGCCACCCCACCUCCACACAGCCCCCUGCCACCCCACCUCCACACAGCCCCCUGCCACCCCACCUCCACACAGCCCCCGCCACCCCACCUCCACACAGCCCCCUGCCACCCCACCUCCACACAGCCCCCUGCCACCCCACCUCCACACAGCCCCCGCCACCCCACCUCCACACAGCCCCCUGCCACCCCACCUCCACAGCCCCUCGCCACCCCACCUCCACACAGCCCCCCCCAACCCACCUCCACACAGCCCCCGCCACCCCACCUCCACACAGCCCCUCGCCACCCCACCCCACCUCCACACAGCCCCUCAGCCACCCCACCCCACCACACAGCCCCCGCCACCCACCUCCACACAGCCCCCCAACAGCCCCACAGCCCCCGCCACCCCACCUCCACACAGCCCCUCGCCACCCCACCUCCACACAGCCCCCCAACCCACCUCCACACAGCCCCCUGCCACCCCACCUCCAAACAGCCCCCUGCCACCCCAACUCGACCUCAAAUUAGCCCCCCACCUCCAAACAGCCCCUGCCACACCAACUCGACCUCCAAUUAGCCCCCCACCUCCACACAGCCCCCAGCCCCCCACCCAUCUCCAGACAGACCCGACCUCACCUCCACACAGCCCCCCACCCCACCGCACCUCCAGACAGCCCCUCUCCACGGCACCUCCAGACAGCUGCUCUCCACUCCACCUCCAGACAGCCCCCCAACCCCAACCCCACCACACAGCCCCCUGA